UCCAACUAUCGAACCAUGGAAAUCGUUCUUCAGCCUCUCGUCUCUGAACUCCUUAGCGGGUUGUUUAAGAUAUUGGGCUCCAGUGAAGUGCGGGACUUUGCCCGGCAACUUGUUGGAAGGGUAGAUUCAGAGAUCAAAGAGCUGGAGAGCAAGUUGCAGAUGGUUGAAGAGCUUCUUGGCAAUGCAGAAGACAGGCAGCUGAGGGAUAAACGAGUCAAAGACUGGCUUGACAAUCUUCAACAUUGGGCUUAUGAUGCGGAGGACUUACUGGAUGAGUUCGCCUACGAAGCUUUGCGACGCAAACGCAAGGCAGAACACCAGGCUAGCUCCAGCAGAGGAUUUAGCUGUCUUCCUGCUUCUUUCUGUAGUCCUUCGUUCGCUGUCCAGAUGGGAUCCAAGAUCAAAGAAAUCAAUAGUCGGUUGGAAGAACUUCGCCAACAAAGAUCACAUGAACGUCAAUUUCAAGACAUUUCUGGAAUGACACCAACUAACGUAGCUGCACCGCAAAACCGAGAGGAAACUUCAAGCGUCGGACCUAAACAAGGUGUUUAUGGCAGAGAUAAAGAUAAAGCUGAACUACUGAAAAUGGUGAAAAAUGGUGUAAACUUUCAAGUAAUAGCAGUUGUCGGCAUGGGAGGGAUCGGCAAAACAACAAUUGCUCGUGAAGUGUACAAUCACAAGGAGUUGGAAGAUUUCAAGUUUGAGAAAAAAGCGUGGGUGUGUGUUUCAACCACAACCACCUUUGACGUUCUCAAAAUCUCAAAGGAACUUCUUCAGCAAGUCUCAUCCUUUGAUCCAAAUAAUUAUAAUUUGAAUGAAGUGCAAGUUAAGUUGAAAGAAGCAGUAAGUGGAAAGCAAAUCUUGAUAGUAUUAGACGAUAUUUGGAAGGUGGAGUACAAGAAUUGGGAACAGCUCAUGUCUCCUUUCACAGCUGGUGCACCUGGAAGCAUGAUGAUCGUGACAACACGCGAUAUACAUGUUGCACAAGAAAUAAGAUGCUCUCAUACUCAUCGAUUAAGGCUUUUAUCUGACGAAGCUUGUAAGUCCUUGUUUGAGGAGCAUGCAUUUGGGACUGGUGCAUUUGCUGUUCCUAAUCAAAUUUCGGAUUCAAUUUACGAGAGAGUUGUUGAAAGGUGUGGCGGCCUACCACUGGCAGCAAAGACCCUCGGUGGUCUUCUACGCUUUAAGCAGAGCGAUAAAUGGGAAAAUAUAUUGGAAAGCAAAAUAUGGAGUACACCUAAUGAAAGCGAUCACGUUCUCCCAGCAUUAAAGCUAAGCUAUUAUUAUCUUCCUUCCAAUCUAAAAAGAUGUUUUGGCUAUUGCUCAAUUUUUCCUCAGGAUUACGAAUUUGAGGAGAAGGAACUUGCACUUUUAUGGAUUGCUGAAGGUAUUGUUCAACCAUCUGAGAAGCAACUAGACGAGGCAAGUGAGUGUUUUCAUAAAUUAUGUUUAUGGUCGCUUUUCCAACAAUUAAGUAGUGAUAGUUCUAAAUAUGUUAUGCAUGAUCUUGUUCAUGAUCUUGCUCGAUGGGCUUUUGAAGGAAUCGGUUUUAGAUCUGAGCAAAAUAUUGUUGGGCCAUUAAAAAAUUUUGAAAAAGUUCGUCAUUUUACUUAUGAACUUGAUCGUUGCACUAAAAUAAAUAAAUUUAAAGCUUUGGAAAAAGCAAAAAGUCUAGGAACAUUUUUGAACGUGAGACCUCGAUGGUGUGGUUUUAUGAGUGCUAUAGUUAUUUCUGAUUUGUUGUCAAAGUUAAAAAUGUUGAGAGUACUAUCUUUUGAAGGAUAUCAAAUCAUUUAUUUACCUGAUUUAAUUGGAGAUAUGAUACAUCUAAGGUAUCUCAACUUCUCUUAUACUAAGAUAAGAAGUUUGCCUGAGUCAACAUGUCAGUUAUUUAACUUGCAAACUUUGCUAUUGAAAGAUUGUUUUGAUCUCAUGAAGUUACCUUCCAAUAUGAGAUAUUUGACCAAUCUAUGUCAUCUUGAUAUAAGUGGUCGAAAUUCAUUAAGAGAGAUGCCACAUGGAAUGAAAAAGUUGAAAAAUCUUCAAGUGUUGUCUAAUUUUAUUGUGGGAGAGGAUACACGUUCUUAUUUGGAAGAUUUGAGGAGUUUAAGUUUUCUUCGAGAGCUUCACAUUUCAGAAUUACAGAAUGUGACAAAUCUAAAUCACAUACAAGAGCAAAUACUAAGCAAUAAGAGCAAACUAAAAGUGUUGAUACUAGAAUGGAGAGAUCAAGUAAACUCACAGGCAACAGAUGUAGAAAUAAAUCUACUUGACAAGCUAAAACCUCCUAUCAAUUUAAGAGAACUCACAAUAAGAGGCUAUGGUGGUGAAAGUUUUCCAUCUUGGUUAGGAGAUUUGUCAUGGCUCUCUAAUUUGCAUGUGUUUACUAUUGAAAAAUGUCCCCAACUUAUUGGAGAAGUUCCUAAUUAUUUUUCUUCAUUAGAAAGAUUUGUUAUUAACGAUUGUCCAAAGUUGGUGGUCUCAUUAUCAAAUUAUCCUAUAGGUUGCAAAUUAGAAAUUAAUAAUUACAAAGGAACGGUGUGUAAUGAUGGUUCGAUUGAUUUUAAGUAUUUGAAUUCUGGAUAUCUUGCAAAUAUUCCAAUGGUUGAAGAUAAAUUAAAGAAAGGUUCUCAAAGAGUAGAUCAUUUGGAGAUUGUUCAUAAUGAAGAGAUUAUAGAGUCAUGGCAAAGUUUGAAAAACACCAAUUUUCUUUCCAAUAUAAAUUCUCUUACGAUUAGUGAGUGUCAGAAUCUAAGAUCUAUUGGAAGGGGCAUGCUACCAUCAUCUCUGGAAGGAUUUCAUAUUAAUUUCUGUCAGAGUCUAACAUUCAUUGAUAGCGAUGCCUUACCUUUAUCUCUAAAAUGGCUUAUGAUUGAAGUAUGUAGAGAAUUGAAAUUUUUGAAGGAUUUAAGUGUUUGUUCUCUUAUUGAGUCCAUAAAUAUUUUUGGGUGUAAAUCUCUCAAGUGCAUAUCAUUAGAUGGUCCAUUGCCUGAGACACUCAACACACUAUUUGUUCAAAGUUGCGAAGCACUGGAAACAUUGUCAUCUCGUAGAAAUGAGUACCUCCCUAAGGCCCUUACAUCCAUCUUUAUUUAUAAAUGUGAAGAGCUAAAGUCAAUUGCUGAGUCCUUUGAUAAUAGCACGUGUCUUCGAGAAAUACGUUUAAUUGAUUGUAAAAAUCUUGAAUCCUUACCUUCAGGUCUACACCAUCUUCCUUGCCUUGAGUUUAUUAGCAUAGGGGUGUGUCCAAAAUUGUCGGUGAGAGAAGCUGUUCCCACCAGCCUUAGACAACUCUUAAUUAAUGAAUGUGAAGAUAACAAGGGAAUGGGAAUGAGAAUGCUCACCUCUCCAAAAAAGUUAGAAAUAUCAUCCCUCCCACAGCUUAAAUCCAUCUCAGACCUGACCAACCUCACCGCUCUUGAAAGUUUGGAUAUCAUUUCACUCCCACUGCUUGAAUCCAUCUCAGACCUGAACAACCUCAACUCUCUAAAAGAGUUACGAAUCUCAUCCCUCCCACAGCUUAAAUCCAUCUCAGACCUCACCAACCUCACCUCCCUAAAAUGGUUGCGAAUCCAAAAUCUCCCACAGCUUGAACUAAUUUCAAAUCUCAGCGGCCUCACCUCUCUUACAGAGUUGUACAUUGAGGAAUGCCAAAAGCUCGAAUCAAUUCCAAGUCUCGGCGGCCUCACCUCUCUUGAAGAGUUGCUGAUCCAUGAUCUCCCACAGCUUGAAUCAUUUCCAAGUUUCAGCGGCCUCACCUCUCUUGAACGGUUGAAGAUCUAUGAUCUCCCACAGCUUGAAUCAAUUCCAAGUCUCGGCGGCCUCACCUCUCUUCAAGAGUUGACGAUCGCUGAUCUGCCACAGCUUGAAUCAAUCCAAGAUCUGAGCAACCUCACCUCUCUUGAAGAUUUACAAAUUUCCAAAUGCCCAAGGAUCAAAUCAAUUCCAAGUCUCAGCGGCCUCACCUCUCUUCAAGAGUUGAAGAUCGCUGAUCUGCCACAGCUUGAACCAAUCCAAGAUCUGAGCAACCUCACCUCUCUUGAAGAUUUACAAAUUUCCAAAUGCCCAAGGAUCAAAUCAAUUCCAAGUCUCAGCGGCCUCACCUCUCUUCAAGAGUUGAAGAUCGCUGAUCUGCCACAGCUUGAAUCAAUCCAAGAUCUGAGCAACCUCACCUCUCUUGAAGAUUUACAAAUUUCCAAAUGCCCAAGGAUCAAAUCAAUUCCAAGUCUCAGCGGCCUCACCUCUCUUCGAAACUUGAAGAUCGCUGAUCUGCCACAGCUUGAAUCAAUCCAAGAUCUGAGCAACCUCACCUCUCUUGAAGAUUUACAAAUUUCCGAAUGCCCAAAACUCAGAUCCCUGCAAACCCUGCCAUCCUCACUUCAGUCUUUACAAAUUACAGAUUGUCCACUGCUUAUAAAACGAUGGAAAAGUGUUACGGGAAAAUAUUCCUCAAAGAUUGCUCAAAUUCCUAAAGUUGUAAUAGAUGGCAAAUUCAUCUACAAUUCAAAGGAGUACGAAGUUGAUAAUUGGAGCUACUUUCCCUAAUUUUCCUAAUGGCACAGAUACAUCUAAUUUCAUCAAAGCUGAUGAUCAACAAGAAUCUCUCAAUGGUGGUUUGUCCAGGGAAGGAACAUUUAGAGGCAGAAGUUGAAAUAUAUUCCAUUGAAUUGAUUUGAAGCUUAUCUAUUUCAAUUUAGGACUGCUAUGCUUAGAUUCAAUGUUGCAGAAAUCAUCGGAAAGGCUUAAAAUUUUCAUUCUCUAACUUCAUUCCGCCAAUUGAUGAGAGCAAAACCUAGUAAUGGACUUCUAUAUAUCUUGCUGAAGCAGAGCAACCAGUAAAUUUUCACCUUAUGCAAAUAUUUGACUACAACAAAAUUCUGAGCUAUCAACAAUAUUUUCAGAUUGAAGUUUACUAAGCAAGAAGCAAGUAAAAAAUAUUUCUCUAGUUUCAGAAGUAGAGGAUGGCAUUUUAAUCUUAUAAAUUGAAAGUGGUUCCUCUGUUUCAAAACUUCUCUACUUUGUCAUCUCAUAGAUUGUCUCAACUUUUGUGGUUCCAAGGUAAUCAAAAGUGCCACUGUCUCCAACUUAGACAAGCAACCGUUAGAACCUAAUCCUGGCAUGUCUAAGUUUUCCGGAUCUAAACUUACUGCAUGUCUGCUUGCUGAAAUUCGAAUACUGAGAUUGUAUCUUCUAGCUGUUGCAACGGUUAAUCAAGCAGCAUUUUUCCUGCUUAUGUAAUCCCACACUUAAAUUAACAUUGCAGAGAUCGUUGUAGGGCUUAAAGUUUUCCUCCUCCAACUUCAUGUGAAUACUGAAUGAAUUUCGAGAUGAAAUCAACACAACUUCAAGAGAGUUCCAUGUCACCUUUGAUAAAAGACUUGAAUAAGAAGUUCAGCUUAUGACAUUUUUCCAGUAGUUUGUGAUCAAUCAGUUUCUAUGAUGGUAAGGCAUUUUGAACGUUGAUAACAUAUUCUCGUACAUUUUUUAGAUAUUUGAAAUAAUGAAAAGUUCACGUCUUUUCUGCAGAAAUUGUGAGAGUAAAAAUUUUUAAAAUCACAUCUUCCAAACUUUGAAGAUUAGGAGGUGUUCUGUAUAUAUAAUUCACCAUAAAAGGAUUGCUAAAUUUUAUAAGUUCCAGUCCUUACUAGAUCAACUAAACGGUCUCACAUCUCUUAAGUAAGUUCAUAAUAGGAUUGCUCUCAAAGGCACGCAAUAUUUAUACUUGUUCGUUGUUACUUGACAACUUGUUAAGCAAGAUGAUGUUGUUUAAUUUCCUCUACAAUUCUGGUCCAGCUACAAUCAGUUUGCAGUUUCUUUUUCUCGCUGUGCAAUAUUAUUUUUUGCCUUUCAGUUUGGAUGGUCUCUUUUGCUGUUUUGUGUUUGACGUUGACUGCUUGGGCCGAGGUGUCUUUCUAUUUUCAUAAAUUUAUUGGUAACCGAAGAAACUUUUUCAGCUUAGGAAUAUUCCAAUAUUUGGGAUUCUAAAUAAAGUAAAUUCUUCAUUUCUUGUUUCAUUUUUCAAUUCCUGAGAUGAUCUUUCAACAACUGAUUAGAUAAUCUUAUGAUUUGUUUUUUUGUGAGUUUUGAAUUCAGGGGAGGAACAUUUAGAGGUAGGAGUUGAAAUAUUUUCCAUCUAAUUGAUUUGAAGCUUAUCUUGUGCAAUUUAGGUUUACUUACUCAAUAUAGACAACACAAUGCACGACCCCUAUAUGCGUGGAUUCAGUGUUGCAAGAAUCAUUGGUAAGGCUUAAAAGUUUCUUUCCCUAACUUCAUGUAAGCAUAUUCAACACUGUAUCCUUUAUUGCGCUUUUAUUCUGGAAAAACAUGUCUCCUUUAUUUGAAUGUUUUAAUAUUCAAGGUGAAUCUUGAAAGAAUUUCGAGAUGAAUUCCACACAACUCCAGGAGAGUUACGUGUCACUUUGAAUGAAAGGCUCAAAUAAGAUGUUCAGCUUAUGACAUUUCUGUAAUAACUUGUGAGUAAUCAGUUUCUAUAGUGAAACUGCGGGAGUGAAAAUUUCUAGAAUCACAUCUCACAUACUUUGGAGAUUAAAAGAAAAGGGAAGACAGGGCAAAAAAUCUCCUGAAGCAAAUUGAUGAGAUUAAACACAUUACAUCGCUUCAAAUAUUUGUGAUAUGGUUACAGGGUUUGAAAGUUAAGCACACAAACAGCAACACGACUGCAAAAAAGGGAGAAAAUAUAAAAAGUUUUAAAGAAUAAACCACUAGAUCAUUGCUUCACAAACUUGAGGCUCAUCGUGUCCCUAUGACAUUGUAAACUUAAUGUGAUGAUAAGAGGAAUGUGAUGCUGGUAGGGCAACAAUGUAGGUAAAGGAAAUAUACUGAAGCAGCAUGACAUCGACUCCAAUCGUGGAUCGAAGAAAGCCAAAUAAAAAAAAAAAGAAAACACUCUAAAAUCCCAUCUCUUGAACUUGUGGAGAUCAAAAAGUGUUAUCCACUUGUACAUUUUGUCAAAGAAGUUUGGAGAAAGAAAUAAAAGGGAAGUCAAAGUAGCUUCAACAGGAUACAUGGCAAGAAUUUUUCUGGGUAAACUGGAUAAGAUUAAAAGACUUGAUUCGCCCACUAUUUUAAUUAUGAUGAUCUAGGCACACAAUUGGAAAAAUUAAGUUCACUAACAUCAAACAGCUAUUGACUUGGAGAAAAUCUAAAAACUGUUAAGGCCACAAAAUGCAGUUGCAGGGUGCUACAGACCUGGAGUUUUGCCUUGAAGCUGCUGUUCACUGCUGCUGGAUUAGUGGUAUCAGGAUGUCUGCUGGAGAUUUUAAUGUGUUUGGGGAUGAAAUACAUGCUGAAGAUGUGGUACUGGGUUGGCUCUUCCUCGCUGCUGCACUCCUGUUACUGGACUAAUACUGGAACAAGAAAUCUGGAAUUUAUGUUCCACUGUGUGGUGAAUGUGAGACAAAUUUUUUUGUUCCUGAUUGCAUAGUGAAUUGAAGACAAAAUUUUUUGUCCUUAAUUAUGUAGUAAAUUGAGAACAAACUUUUUUCCUUGA